ACCGCGCGGUGUCAAUCGUGCAAAGGGGUGUUUCAGGUGAAGUGACUCGCACCGGGAACCUUAGCUAGCGGUGAUCGUCAUUGUGUGGAAUUUUAGGACAUUCCUUAGGUUUUUAAAAAGAACUUUCCCCCAAGAUGUCUAACCGAGGUCCUCUUUACGGACUAAGUGCAGAAAUCGCGAGAAAGCAAGCUGCCAAGUAUGACCAUGACCUCGAGCGCCAGGUUCGGCUGUGGAUGGGGGAGAUUCUGGGGGAACCCUUCCCUGAUGCAGGCUUCCAGGAGGCCAUGAAGGAUGGGACCCUGCUGUGCAACCUGAUCAACAAGUUGGAGCCAGGUUCCGUUAAAAAGAUCAAGACCAGCAAAGUUCCCUUCAUGCAGAUGGAGAACAUCAGUCAGUUCCUGCAGGCGGCCGAGCGCUACGGGCUGAAAAGGACGGACCUGUUCCAGACCGUGGAUCUGUACGAAGGGAAGGGCAUGAACGCUGUCCUGGACUGUCUUCUCGCAUUGGCCAGCCAGGCAAAAACUAAGGGAGUGGUGACCCAGAGCAACCCUGGCGUAAAAGUGGCCGCCAAGAACGAGAGAAACUUUAGCGAGGAAGUCCUGAACCAGUCCAAGAUGGAGAUUAGUUUACAGUACGGUUCCAACAAGGGCGCGACGCAAUCCGGGAUGACCGCUCCGGGCACCUACCGGCAUCUGUGACACCAGCGUGGAACUAGUCUUAGUCCCUGUUGUUAGAACACCUAUGAGAGUCCUGAGUUGUCAUUUAGAACACCUGUGAGAGACCAGUUGUGGGCUCCUAGUAUGGUACAUGACAAAAUGUUUUAGUAUGAUUUUUUUUCCAAUGUCAAGUUCCAAAAUGUCAUUUGCCAUUCUGUUUUAAACUUGAAUGUUAGCACUGAGAGAAAAGAUGAAUACCUGAAAAAAAAGCAGAAAAAAAGUUUGAUAGAAGAUCUAUCUUACAAUAGAUAAAUUGGUAAGAAAAUGUUAUAUACUACCCGUAUAUAGCUUUUGAUGUAUUUCUCUACAAUUGCAAUGUAGUGAUCGAUCUUGUCUGCAACAAAAAUGUAAAAUAUCUUUUAGUAUCAAGGUAUACUUGUUAUUUCUAUUUAGAAACACAGCUGUUGGUUUUCAAUAUAGUUAAUUUUUGUUGUCCUCCAAACUUCAACCUAUCACAUACUCCAAACAUUCCUGAUAAAUUGUGAUUAUUGACUUUCCUUUAGUUAACUCAAUAUUACUCUUAUCACUAGCAUAAUGUGAUACUUCACUUUACAAUGUCUUUGUUAAUAGCCUCAGUAUAUACCAUCCAGGUAACACUUUGGAGUUUUCCAUUGUUGCAGGUGUUUACUUUAAGUUUAAUGGAAGAAUACAAUCAUAUCAUGAUUCCAGAAUUAUUUUGAAUUAGCAUAUAGAAAAGGGGGAGUGGUUGUAUUAGACAAAGAUUUGAAUAACCAUCAA